AUGAAGUUUUCACAAACCUUCGCCCUGACUGUUGUCACAGGCACGCCAAUUGCAUUCGCAGCUAUACUGCCCGACUCUGACAUAUCUACCACCCUAACGACCGACAGACCAACCCGCACCAGGCCAAUUUUCAACCCUGUGAUAACCAUUGUUGCCGGCACACCAAUUGCCCAAGUUGCUCAAGAUGCUCAACACGAUGGAAGCCCCCACCCCCACGGCCACACAUCAAAUAGCGGCUUUCAAACACACACUAGAAAGAAGGGAUUUCACUCCAUCGGAUGUACAGCCGAACAUAAUGGCACGACAACAUCAUCCGCAGAGCCACGGAUGACUGCACUAGGAGGCGAGUCCACGGACACUCAUGCAAGACGCGGGGUUUCGGUUCCGUUACCAAACAACGAGAGACCUAGAUUUAAGUGCACAGGUUCGGGUACUGCGAGACAUUGUGGCCCAAAAAGGACAAGGACUGGCCAUGCUCACAAAACAAAGAAGGGAGGGUGUGGUGGUGUUCAUCCAACCCAUCACGGGAAGCCAACCCAUCAUGGGAAGCCAACCCAUCAUGGGAAGCCAACUAUUCCCGUGGGAACUGUAAAGCCGUCGAUUGGUACCCAGACAGUGAUACCUAUUGAACCUACAGCGACUACUGAGGCUAUUCCCACUGUUAAUGCUACCAAACCAGCUGAUACUGCCACGGAAGCAACUGGGACUGAUUCGGAAGCCACUGGAACUGAUUCGGGAGCCACUGCAACUGAUUCGGAAGCGACUGCGACUGCCACAGAAGCAGCUGCAACUGAUUCGGGAGCCACUGCGACUGCGACUGCCACAGAAGCAACUGCAACUGAUUCGGGAGCAACUGCAACAGCCGCCCCAGGGAAUAACGAGGGUGCCAAUGAGAAUGAGGAGACUGGUGAGGACGACUCUGAGUGA